GUCACGACGCCCGACAACUGGUGGACAGAGCUCCAUUAUUGUGAGCUCCGUCGUACUUUCAAUCAUACGUCCGCACUCGCUCUCGCCAGAAACACACCUGUAUCGAAUCCAUUUUUGGUCACAGAUCACCUAUAAUCACCGCCCACCAUGUCGUCCGGCGCGGGCCGCGAACCCGUCUUCCCAACCCGUCAGUCCCUCGGGCUUAUGAAAUCCAAAUUGAAAGGCGCACAAACUGGCCAUGACCUGCUCAAACGCAAAUCCGAAGCCCUCACCAAACGUUUCCGCGAAAUCACCCGCCGAAUCGAUGAAGCCAAGCGAAAGAUGGGUCGUGUCAUGCAGAUCGCCGCCUUCAGUAUGGCAGAAGUGACAUAUGCGGUUGGCAACUCCGGUUUCAGUUAUCAGAUUCUAGAGGGGGCGAGAAGUGCCAAGUUUCGGAUCAAGACGAGGCAGGAGAACGUCAGUGGUGUGUUUCUGCCGCAAUUCGAGAGUUACCAGCAUGAGGGGGCGAGCGAGUAUGCGAUGACGGGGUUGGGUAAGGGAGGACAACAGGUGCAGAAGUGCAGGGAAACGUACACAAGAGCAGUGGAGACGUUGGUCGAGCUGGCGAGUCUGCAGACGGCUUUUGUGGUGUUGGAUGAGGUGAUCAAGGUGGUGAAUCGAAGAGUAAAUGCUAUUGAACACGUUAUCAUACCGCGGACGGAGAACACGAUCAAAUAUAUCAACUCGGAACUGGACGAGAUGGAUCGAGAGGAGUUCUUCAGGUUGAAGAAGGUGAAGGGGUUGAAGGAGCGAGCGGCGGCAGCUGAAGAAGAGCAGAGGAAGAAGCAAGCACUGAAAGAUAAGGCUGAGGGCAAAGAGAAUGUCACAGAAGAAGAACAGCAACAAGCCAAGGAUAUAUUAGGAGAAGAGAAGGAUGAGGAUGUCAUCUUCUAAACGUAUUCUUCGGUCACCAGGGUUUUGGCAGUAGCUUGUUGCGGACGACUCGGACGACAUACAGUACUCUUUACCCCUUUUAUACUGUCCAUGCCACAGACAAAGAUUUGCGGACGCUCAAGGUAUGUUCGUGAGGCAAUUCGACCAGAGAACUGGGGAGACAUUUCGAACGAAUAGAGGAGGCAGGCCGGCACACCAUUGUGGCUCACUACCCAUGCCGAGGAGUUUCGAUUUCGUGCAUGCGGAGACGAAUUCGGCUUCCUUCUCGUGACUGCAAGUCGCUCUGUAGAUUAUAGGCAGCUCAUUCAUCGUAUAGUUGCAGAUUCGAAUAAUGCUGUCGCAAUGGGGAUGAACAAUGGAUGGUGUGGAGAAACCGGCUGGCUGCAGGCAGAG